AUGGCAGAGAAAUCGUAUUUAUAUAAGGCCAUUGAACACCUUCUCACAGGAGCAACUUCAAGCUUGUGUGCCCUUCUAAACAGCAUUUUCACAGCCAUUGGGCCUUCAGAUUUUGAACCACCAUUCAUGGCUGCAGCCUGCAACUCAUUCUCUCUAACUGCAUGGAUACUUCUGUGCCUGCACUUCUUUACAUUUUCUUCUAUAACUCCACAGGCCGAGGCUCGGGCAUUCUUCGUUUUUGGUGAUUCGCUUGUUGACAAUGGAAACAAUAACUACUUAGUCACCAGUGCUCGAGCAGACUCCCCCCCAUAUGGAAUCGACUAUCCAACUCGUCGCCCAACGGGCCGCUUCUCCAAUGGCCUCAACAUUCCAGAUCUUAUUGGUGAGCAAAUGGGGUUGGAACCAACGCUGCCAUAUUUAAGUACAUUGCUCAAUGGAGAAAACCUUCUUGCUGGGGCUAACUUUGCUUCUGCUGGCGUUGGAAUCCUCAAUGAUACUGGAAUUCAGUUUCUGAACAUUAUUCGAAUCGGGAUACAAUUAAAUUACUUUCAACAAUACCAGAGUCGAGUAAGUGGCCAAAUUGGAGCUGAACAAACUCAAAGACUAGUUAAUGAUGCCCUUGUGCUCAUAAGUCUUGGUGGCAAUGAUUUUGUCAACAACUACUAUUUGGUACCCUAUUCUGCAAGAUCUCGACAAUUUGCUCUCCCAGACUUUGUUAAUUAUCUCAUAGUGGAGUAUCGCAAGAUUUUGCAGAACCUAUAUGACUUGGGAGCUAGAAGGGUCCUUGUGAUGGGUACCGGGCCGAUGGGUUGUGUUCCGGCCGAAUUAGCCCAGAGGAGCAGAAAUGGCGAAUGCGCCGAGGAAUUGCAGAGAGCUGCUGCAAUGUAUAACCCACAGCUAACUGCAAUGCUGAGUAGUCUGAAUAGUGAUCUUGGAGCUAAUGUUUUCAUAGCUGCAAACACUUUCGAAAUGCACAUGAACUUUAUUUCUGAUCCUCAGACCUACGACUGGCCCUCUGUGGCCCAUAGGCCAAUCCCAAGGUGGGCUGGGUCGAGAGGAGCUGGGAUGGGCAUAUGCACCUCGGGCCAGAGUUCCAAGCCCUCCACAGCCAGUCGUACUGGGCUUUUCUUGGAUUGUCCAGCCACCACUACUAAUUAG